UCCCUCUCUCUCUCUCUCUCUCUCUAACACACACGCACACACACUCUCUCUCUCUCUCUCUAUCGAUAGAGAGAGAGAAAUGGCGAUGACCUCCUCUGGAGGAGGAAACGCGCCCGAUGCGAAGGUGGAGACGAUCUCGCGCUUGGCGCAGUGGCGGAUCGAGAGCUUCGGCCCCUCCUCGUACCGACGAUCCGACCCCUUCAAGCUCGGAUUCUGGAACUGGUAUUUAUCGGUCGAGAAGAACAAAUACAUGUACAUCCGCCUUUUUCCCGAACCAUGCCGGAUUUCUAAGGACCAGCCACCAAUCGCCCGGUUUGUGCUCCGUGUCUCAAGCCCUGGUCCUGGACGCCGCCCUUACAUCUCCCCAGGUAUAGUUCAUGAAAGACUGCUUCGGACCAGCGAAGACUUUGUCUGGCCAAUUGAUUCUGCCUUCCACGGGCGCUUCAUCAUCGACGUAGAAUUUCUAGACUUGAAGAUUCCAGCUAUUAAUGGUGGGGAAGCCUCUUCAAUAUGGCCAAACGAAAACAUAAUGUACUCUCUCUCAAGCAAAAGCACUCUCCAUUGCCUCUCCCGCAUGCUUCUCGAGGGUAUACACACCGACGUGACCAUAAACACUGCCGACGGCGUAUUGAAAGCCCACAAGGCCGUUCUCUCUGCCACUUCCCCCGUCUUCGCGAGCAUGUUCCUGCAUGACCUCAAAGAGAAAGAAUCCUCAACAAUAAAUAUAGAGGACAUGUCCUUCGAAUCGUGCUCCGCCCUUCUCAGCUACAUUUACGGCACCAUCAAGCACGACAUGUUUUGGAAGCACCGGCUCUCUCUUCUCGCCGCGGCGAACAAGUACGACAUCGGGGACCUCAAAGAUUGUUGCGAGGAGAGCCUUUUGGAGGACAUAAAUUCGAGCAAUGUCUUAGAGAGGCUUCACGAAGCUUGGCUUUAUCAGUUGAGUAAGUUGAAGAAGGGGUGCCUUACUUAUUUGUUCGAUUUCGGGAAGAUAUAUGAUGUGAGAGAGGAGGUCAGCAGCUUCUUUCGCCAUGCGGAUAGAGAGCUGAUGUUGGAGAUGUUUCAAGAGAUACUUACCGUCUGGAAACCGAUGUGAUGCAGAAAUCAUCUCCUGCACCGGCAUUGAAGAAGUGCAACCGCUGCAACCAAUAAUUCUCAAGAAGCCUGCAAAGUUGAAGAACACAUCAGGUUUCCGUUGUUAAAUAUAGACUGGUUUAGGCAUCUUUUGUACUAUGAAGUGAAGUGCGCGGCGCUUUGUGUAUAGCAAACAAUUCAGUUGUUUUAUGUUAAAAAUUGAAAAAUCUGCUACAUCGGUGCGCGAAGAAGAUCUUUUGUUCAUCAGGUAUGGUAGAUGGAAGCUUAGAUUCCUACUUGGAAUAUUUAACAGCUGAUAUGUCUUUCAAAGCCUGUAUUUGUUGGAAAGUAUGGCUAAUUUGUUUGGUUUCUGCUAAGACUACUGGAAUCAGAGAGAACUUAGUAAUGCUAUUUUAGUUGAUUGUAUACAUUUUUUUUCUGUCAUUGUAAUU